UUGUGUUGACAGAAAAACAAGCAGACGACUGAGCUGAGCCAAACUUGCAAAAAAAUGUUCACGUGUGUAUAUUGGAAUAAUUUCGCAUCAAGUAUCCCAUAUUGACCACUACAAUAUCAGUUUAGGUGGCAUUGCUUCGUCGUUGUAUCGGAAGAUUAUUAACCUGCUAUGUUGAGCAGAACAUAUGGUGCCUUCCGUUUAAUUUAUAGAAGAGCAAGUAGUGCUGUCAACUCUCUUUUGAGUCAAGAAGACACAAGAAAUUCCACCAUGAAAGCAUAUUGUAGAACCAAGAGUGAAGAUCGUGUGGAUAUUCAGUUUCAAUAUGUAGAUCCUGUUAUAGGGUUGGACCGUUGGUUCAAUUUCAAUAGAUCAAUGGAUGAUAAUGUGCAACAAAUUAAAGAAAGAAUUGUUACAAAUAUUGACAAGGCUUGCUUAAAGUACAAGAAAAAGAAACUGAAGAAGUUGCCUACAGAUCCCUUGGAUGAGUUGAAGUUAGAAGUCCAACUGUUGCAGGGUUGUGAAAUAAUAGGUCCAGAGGUGACUUGUAGAAAUUUACUUGUCAUGCCAGAUGUUGUAAUUGCAGUAAAUGGUCAAUUAUACCAUUUAGAUGUUGACCCUCCUACAGUAAAAACUCUCAAGCUCCCUACUUCAAUUAUGGCAGGGUAUCAAGUUUAUCUAAGCAAAUUUGAAGUAGAGUAUUGUAUAACACGUGAAUGUGAACUAAUUUGGUACAAGAGCCAUGAGCCUGUAAAUGUCAUCCCAGAAGAUAGUUCUGAAACUUGGGUUCAAGUUGGAACAGGAUUCUCCUACUCUACUUCAAACUCAGACAUUGGCAGCUGGCUCAAAGUAAAAUGCAUUCCAAGGAAUUCAUCUAGAGUAGGAUUGCCUGAAUGUGCAAUCUCUUCCCAAGUAGUCGAAGCUGGACCUGGCCAGUGUCCUUUUGACAUCCGUCACAAUUUUACAAAAGAAUCAAUGGGCAAUACAGGUUUUCGAGUAGUGACCUACAAUAUCCUUGCCGAUCUAUACACCGAUUCUGAAUAUACACGUAAAGUUCUUCACCCCUACUGUCCUCCAUACGCGUUGGCAAUUGACUAUCGAAAGCAACUUAUCUUAAAAGAAUUAAUUGGAUACAAUGCUGAUAUAAUCUGUCUCCAAGAAGUUGAUGGUAAAGUCUUUGAUUCAGAUUUGAAACCUAUUUUCUCUUCAUUGGGUUUCGGAGCUGAAUUCAGCAAAAAAGGUGGACAAGUGAGUGAAGGAAUGACAUGUUUAUUCAAUACGUCCAAAUUUCGGCUGGUUGAAUCAUGUAGCCAUAUUUUGGCCGAAGAGUUGCCGAAAAAUCCAUUAGUUAAUGAUUUAUGGGAAGCUGUGCAAAAAAAUGAAGAUUUGUCUAAACGAAUCAUUGACCGUACUACUUCUUGUCAUCUUCUUGUCUUGGAGUCGCUGUUCAACGGUAAACGUGUAGUUGUAGCUAACACGCAUCUUUAUUUUCACCCAAAUGCGGACCACAUUCGUCUCCUACAAUCAUGUGUAGCUCUGCGCUUAGCACAAAAUUUGCGAAACUGUCAAUUGGAACUUGGAAAAGAAGUCUCCCUUUUAUUUUGCGGGGAUUUUAAUAGUACUCCAGGAUCCGGUGUCUUUGAACUGAUGACAUUACAACACAUAGAUCAUGACAACGAGGCGUGGUCAAGCAAACCAGAAGAAGCAGUGCGGGACUUAUCUCUUCAUAACCCAAUUGUGAUGGAAACUGCCUGUGGCACUCCUCCUUUUACUAAUUACACUAGUGGAUUCAGUGGUUGUCUUGACUACAUUUUUUUCGAAAAAUCCAAGCUCGUCGUUGAACAGGUUGUCCCCCUUCCCAGUCUAGAGGAAGUUACUCGACACUGUGCGCUCCCCAGUAUAGUGUUUCCUUCGGAUCAUAUUGCCUUGAUCGCCGACCUCAAAUGGGUGUGAUUUUAACUGCCGUUUGAACUAACUAGCAAAAACACCAUGGAAGGCUUAGGCUUCUCUAAAAAAUGUUAAAAAAAUUAAGCUAUAUGGGUUAUUACGUAAUAAUUAGUCUGUUGUCCAAUUGUCUGAAUUAUUCGUACUGUUGGCACUUGAACGAACAAUUUAUUAACUAUUGAGUAAGCCGAGAGCCACGAAUCAGCCUUUUUACGGGAAAAAGAAGCGUAGAUUUUUUAUUUCAAUUUGCACUAGCUUGUUGUUGCCCUCGAGCAAGAGAAUCGAACCACAAUUACAAAUCAUCCCAAAAGUCAUCCGUUCUUUGACCAUGUUUUCACUUUUGCGAUAAUUGAAAAUCGCAUCUGGUUUCAAAACUUUCAAAUUCUUGAAGAGGAUAGUCAACUUGCUGAAAAGAAAUAGGUAUUCUAAUUUAGUUUCCUUUGGUUUUUUUAAAAGAUUGUUGUUUAAAAUUAUUCGAACGUACAGGACGAUUUGUGUUGAAUCGCAUCAAAGUUUUCGAUGGUAGUUUAUGUUAUGCGUAAUAUGUAUGUUACGCCAAAUUUGGUAUGUUUAAAGAAUCUUUUUACCCUUAAAACAAAUCCUAACAUGUUUCUUCUUUAGUAUCGCCGAAUUACAAACAGGGUUAGUGUAUCGUCAGAAAAUUGAGAAAAAGUUUUCAAUACUCCUACUCCUAGGGUUUGAUUCACGAAUUGAUGAAAUUGUAGUAGUAAUAGUAAAAAAUUGUGAAUGAAGGAGUCACUGCCGUCAAUGAAAUUUUUCUUUAAUUUCUCAACGAAAUUGUUUAGCGUACCAUGAAUCAAGCUCACAAUGAAGGACUAAAUAAUGUCAAUUAGAACCACAUAGAAAAUGUUUUCCUCAGCAGCUUGUAGGAUUAAAGAAAAUAAGACA